AGAAGAAGAAAGGAAGAGGAGAGAUUCUGAUCGGAGAGAGAGAGAGGUGGGAGGGGCAGAAGAGUAAUUUGGGGGGAAGAGGAGAGGGCAAAAGGGGAAUUACAGAAAAGAGAUGGCGACAACAGUUGGGAGGAACAUAGCGGCUCCGUUGCUGUUUCUGAAUCUGAUCAUGUACCUUAUAGUCCUCGGUUUUGCAAGUUGGUGUAUCAACAAAUACAUCAACGGUCAAACCAACCACCCAAGUUUCGGAGGGAAUGGAGCUACGCCCUUCUUCUUGACGUUUGCCAUAUUGGCCGGAGUUAUAGGCGUAGCCUCGAAGCUGGCCGGAGCCAACCACAUACGGUUCUGGAGGAACGACAGCCUUGCAGCCGCCGGCUCGUCUUCCAUCGUCGCGUGGGCAGUCACCGUUCUCGCCUUCGGGUUGGCAUGCAAGCAGAUAAACAUAGGAGGAUGGAGGGGAUGGAGGCUGAGGAUAUUAGAAGCGUUCAUAAUAAUACUGGCGUUCACGCAGCUGCUGUACCUGAUGUUGAUCCAUGCGGGCGUUUUCAGCAGCAAGUACGGACCAGGCUACAGGGACCGUGACUAUGCCCCCGGCCACGAGGCUCCCACCACGGCCGAGCAGAAGGGUGCUGGUGUCGGCGGCCAUGGCUCCACUCUCGCCGCCUGAUUAAGCCGCCAUCUGAUCUGUUGUUUCUUAUAUAUAUAUAUGUAAUAGCUUAGGAUCUAUAUGUAUGUACUCAAGUAAUAAGAGUUUGUACGACGUUGUUGCUGCAAGUGUUGUGAUAAUGUUUCGACCUGUGUCUGACAUCUCUAUUCGCUGUUUGUUUUUAUGUUAAAUGUAAUUUUUUAUUAUAAAUUAUAUGGAUCUGUGUUUGGUUCA